UACCAAGUUGACGACAGUGCGCAGUGUAAACAUUAGGCUGGUGACCAGGGUCAUGUCAAGGGGAUGCGCUGAUUUAGCGUAGUAGCACAAAUCUUUCCCGAUCUCGCCUACCUUUCGAGGUACCCUUACCCUCCUCCUCUCUCUCGAGGAUUGCUCCUUCGGUGACCCCCAACUUUCCUCGGGCUCGAGCUGUCGCAUUUUUCUUUACGCUACGAACACCACCUCGGUUUUACUACCUAGCUAUCCAUCAUCUUCCGAUUUGACGUCGCUAGCGAGGAGCCUUUGCACACAAUGGCCGUGCAAGGGGCAGAGGAUGUCUACGCCAGCCUUCUCCUAACGGACACAUAUCUUCCUGGUGCCCUGGUGCUGGCCCAUUCGCUUCGCGAUGCGGGCACCACCAAGAAGCUGGCCGUCUUGGUCACCCUAGAUACCGUGUCUCUCGAUGUUGUGACACAACUCAAGGCCGUCUAUGACUAUGUCAUUCCCGUUGGUCGCAUCCAAAAUGAGCAUCCUGCGAACCUGAACCUUAUGAACCGCCCGGAUCUUCACUCGGCAUUCACCAAAAUCAACCUCUGGAGGCAGACCCAAUUCCGGAAGAUCGUGUAUGUGGAUGCCGAUAUCGUGGCCUACCGAGCACCCGACGAGCUUUUCGACCUUCCUCAUGCCUUCUCGGCAGCUCCUGAUAUAGGGUGGCCGGACCUGUUCAAUACAGGUGUCAUGGUCUUGACCCCAAACAUGGGCGACUAUUACGCCAUGACGGCCAUGGCUCGCCGUGGAAUCUCGUUUGACGGCGCCGACCAGGGCCUCUUGAACAUGUACUUCAAGAACAGCUUCAACCGCCUCAGCUUCAGCUACAACGUUACGCCCUCAGCCCAUUACCAAUAUGUGCCUGCCUACAAGCACUUUCAGUCCGGUAUCAAUAUGGUUCAUUUCAUUGGACCCGAGAAGCCGUGGGUGCAGGGCAGAGACAGGGCCACGGGAAGCUCCCCAUUUGACCAGAUGGUGGGCAGAUGGUGGGCGGUUUAUGAUCGACAUUACCGCAAGGAGACACCCCGACUGGAGCCAGCACAGCCAGAGCAACAAGUCCCAGCGAUAGUGCAAUAUUUCGUCAAAGGCGAAUUCCAGCCUACGAUCCGUUAUGUUGUUCCCGUUGGCGAACCCCCCAGCGACCAACCCAGCAACGUUCACGGUCAGCAACAUCAACUAGCACAGCAGUAUACCCAGCAACACCAUUAUUCCCAUCAGUCUUAUCCCCACCCUGAGCAGCAACCCCACCAACACCCUCACUCCCAACCAUCACACUUAGCCGAGCACUCAACCGCGCCUUCCCACCCAAGCGUGUCUUCUGGAUCCCAAGAAGGGACACAUACUGAGGCUCGAAAAGACCAGGCAUCGGACCACCAGCAAUGGGGUUCUCAACCGCCGGCCCAGCCGGAGCACAAGCCCGAGCCUCAACCCCAACCAGAGAUGGUACCAAGUUGGGAUGCUCAGCGGCAACCCCCACCGCCGGAUUCAAGGCCCGAGGCCAUGAACUUCCCUCAAACGCACUACACCAUGUCGUCCGACCCGGCCCCGUUCGUCCCGCCAGAGCGCUACCCUAGCCCGCCAAAGAAUAUGUGGUACGACGUUCCAAAGCAGGCACCGGCAAAGCCCACGGAGAAGCCCAAGCCGCUCUUCCCCUGGGAGACUCACCGGCCGCGGCCGACCCGCGUGUUUGCGCACCUGACCCAGCCCGAACCGCCCGCGCCCGGACCGGCACCCGCGAAAGCACAAACCGCGCAAGCAGGCUCGCAGCAAGUGCCAUCCGGCCCCGCGGCGGCGGCAGCUACACAGCCGGGCGAACCGCACACGCCACCGCCGCCGGCGCCGGGCCCGGCCUCCCGCACCGCGCUCUCCGCGCCCACGACGACGACGGACAUCUGGUCCUCGUUCCCCCGCACCAACGCCUGGGACAGCGUGCCCGAGAUCAACCGCUACGUCGACCGCAGGAUGCAGAAGCACCGUCGCACGCGCAGCGGUGGUAAGGGCUUGGUCCUAGGUGGUGGCAUCGGCGGCGGGAGCGGCGGGAGCGGCGGGAGCGGGGGGGCUGGUGCUGGUGGCGGUGGUGGUGGUGGUGGUGGUGGUGUGAGUGGUGGUGUGAGCGACUUUGCUACCCCGCGGCGCGGCUUUAAGGUCACCGACUUCCCCAGCGAAGACGACCGCCCGAGCCUGCCCGUCACGCCCGCGCCGAUCCGGAGGCCGAGGCGUUGGGUUGCUGGCGGCGGCGGUGGUGGUGGCCAUGGGCUUGGUGGUGGCUUUGGUGGUGAUGGCGAGGGCGGUGGUGGUGUCGGUGGUGGUGUCGGUGAUGGUGAAGGUGGGGGGGAGCAGCUGCUCCAGGGCGCCGAGGGCGUGCCGGGGCAGGCUGAUUGGGUAUGUGUGCAUGGGAACCGGUGGGGCCCGGCAGACUGCCUGUGUGAACUGGCUAACCUCCUUCGCUGCUACAAGGAUCCUGCGGCGCAGCUGCGGAAGCUGGCCAAGGAGCAGUCCGAGCUGCUGUUCCGGCGGCUCGGGGCCGGCGAUGAGGGUGGUGGUGAUGCGGGUGGUGGUGGUGGUGGUGGUGGGUUCGGAGGAGGAGAAGAAGAGGGAGGGGAGCAGCGCCGGACGAUCCCCUCGCGCCCGCUGCCGUUCGGGUCCGAGGGCGUCCGGUCCCCGACCUACGUCGCGCCUACGCCGCCGCCGCUCGUCAGCCCGAAGCCGGUCAAGCCGACCACGAGCGCGAGCCCGGUCAAUCGGAUCCUGGCGGCGGCGCCGGAGAUUAUGGCUUCGCAGGAGGGCGCGGUUGGUCCGGUUGCGGCCCCGAGCUAUCAGGGCCCGGGGCCGGCGUUUGAGAAGGGCGAGGAUAUCCCCACGUUUGAGACGCCGGCGCUGCCGACCGAGGAGGAGCGGGACGUUCUUGAGACAUAGGACUGUCUUAUAGUCUAGUGUGUGACUGCUCUUUUAGGAACCACUCCCCUUUUUUGCGGGAAAGCGCUGUAUGAUACGAAUUCAGGUUGAUCGGUUUUGGUGAAGAGGAGGCGGGGCGGGAAAGCUGGGGAUGAACGGAUAAUGUUCGAGCGUUUGGGGGAACUCGGAGGGCAUUAAUGGUAUUCACUGGGCUUUUGGUCUUGACA